AUGGGCCCAGAGGCUGAUGCAGCGCCGGCAGAGGCCGCGACGCCGCAGUCGACCCGCGCCGGAUCCGCUCCAGUGCAGAAGCGCGCCGCGCCCGCGACCGGCGAAGGCCAGCGCAGCAAGCGGGCGAAGUACACGCCUGUCGCUUGCAAUGAGUGCAAGAAGCGGAAGCUCAAGUGCAUCAGAGAGGACCAUCAGACCGUCUGCCGACGGUGCCUUUCUAACGGUGCCGAGUGCGUCUUCGUUCCCGGGCCGCAGCAGACGCCUCUGAAAGAUAAGGACCGGGAUGUUACUCAUGAGAGGGAGGAACAGCAUCCCUCUCAGUACAAGAAUCUCAGCGAAGAGGUGGCCGCCCUUCGAGAACAGGUCGCCAGCUUGACAUCCUCUCUUCGCGAGCUCAAUGGCAAAGUCGCUCAUAUCAAUACGCGCUCGCCAGCUGCUCUCGGCGGGCCGCAACAUCCCAGUCCUCUCUACGCGAGUGAGUCGAAUCGUCGCCCGAGCGAGCCAAGGGAACCUCAGUUUGUCGGUCCCACGAGAUCAGCGUUCAGCCUCCGCAUCGCUGAGACGUCGCUCACCCGCAUGCGAAUUCAAACUGGCGAUGAGGAACCGACGAGCCGAUCUGCCUCGCCGGCUGCAUCCCAGCGAGCACCUUCCGUCAUAUCCGAAGACCAGACAGCGUCAUCUCACAAAGAUUUGGACUGCCUAUUGACAUUAGAAUUUGAUGAAAUCCUUCGUCUGCUUGACGUAUACUCAGAGGAAAUGGAGUCAGUUUACCCCUUCACCAACAUCAAAGAUGUCUCAGCGAAUCUACCUCACAUACUCUAUUACGCUCGACACCUGCAGAAUCCACCGGCGGACCCAAACAUCCCAGAAGAGGAGCGGCCCAAAAUCGAGGAGAAGGAUGUCCAGCUUGCCAAGGUCGCGAUUGCUAUAUCGAUAGUAAUGGAGGCCCAGGGGCAGAAUCCCAUAAGCACGAAGUUGAUUGACUCCGUCGAGCCCGUUGUGUGUCGAGUCUCGGGUGAAGCAUUCAUCGACUUGAAGGAACUGCAGAUCAUGACUAUGUUGAGCCUCUACUGGUUCCACUGUGGUGAGGAGCUUCUAGCAUGGAGGGCCAUCGGCAUUUCCGGCAGAGAAUGCCUCGAGAUUGGCCUCCAUCGACGAGCGAUUCUCCUGGACAAUUUUAAAGAUCCCAGGCAGCGAGAUCUCGCCGUACGAUGCUUCUGGUGCGUCUACGUCUUGGAUCGCCGCUGGAGCUUCGGGACAAGUCUGUCCUUCGGCCUCAUUGACAGAGACAUAGAUCCGGAGUUGCCCGAGCCGGGAGAGAGUUACCCCUACUUGAGGUGCAUGGUGUCCUACGGCAGGCUUUGCUCCAAAGUAUGGGAGGCCCUGCCGCCUUUUGAGUCGCCAUCACAAUUCAUACCCAAGGACACCGUCGCCUUCUUGGACUUCAUGACGCAGAACUGGCUCAACUCCAUCCCGGACGACCUCCGUAUUCGGCAUCCUAGGCUUGGACUCGCACCCCGGACUCAGCCGAGAAGCAUGCAUCGCCUUCGAUCAUUGCUCUACCUACGCGGAAAUCACAUGCGAACGCUCAUCCACCGGCAUCAUGUCCUCAGCACCGCAAGCAUCAGGGCCGACAUACAGAGUGCCAAACUUGUCACGGAAAUCGCACUGGAUACCAUACAAGUAUUGACACACCUUAACGAUACUAGCGACAUCUAUGCACGACAGCAGCACGCUUUCAACUAUUUCCUGAUGAGCGCACUAGCCGUGAUCCUGCUCGCUGUAUGUCACGCGCCGGGUGUGUUUACUGAGCCCUGUAAGGAGAGCUUCCUGAAAGCAGUGCAGCUUGUCAAGGGAUUCUCACGACAUGGGCAUGCAAGCCGAAGGCUUUGGAAGACCAUUCGAGGUUUGCUUCCAGGUGUCAAAUCUCUCGGCCUUCGGAGUGAUCCCGAGAAGGCAGAUGUGCCCCAAGCAGGGGACGACGCGGAGCAGAACGCGACCGAAUCCCGGCCGGAUGACCCACACCAAAAUCCGGGUCCGGGCGAACGGGACGGAAGAAGGCCGGAGAACAGCGCAUGGGAUGCUUGGGACACAAGUCCGCAGGCGAACAGCUCAAUCCCCGACAUGUUCAAUAUGGGAAACGAUCUGAUGAAUCUUUUCGACGCCUUUGGUCAUGCGAAUGGAGGUCACCCGGCGCCGCCUGAAUUUCCGGUGGGGUUCUUUGGGGUGAAUGAGCAAGGCAUGUCGCUAGGGGACCCGGACGAGAUUUCGCGACGUUUUCAGGGAUUGAUAUAA